UGAAAAAUAAUUUUUGGUUGCCAGUAUACCUGUAGUCGUUGCACUGAUCAGUCGAUAGUUUUGUGAUAAAUUAUUUCUCAAGUGAAUUAAAUUAUUAACCAUGGGACGUGAUUCUAGAAAGGUUUCAAGAGAACUUCGGAGUUCUGAAAAAAUUAAUAAGUCGCGUUCAGUCAAAAGAAAGAAUGUUUUUAAUCCGAAAACAGCCGAACGUGAUGAAAGUAUUCAGAGUACAUCUUCUAAAAAAUUAAAACAAAACACUGAAGAUGAUGUACCUGAAGACAGCAGUACUGAAUUUCGAAUAAUAAAUUUUAUUCAGGUAUUCACUGCAAUUUCUGCUCUUAUAAAAUGUAAAAAAUGUGAUGGAAAUGUAGUGUUUCAAACAGCAAGUACACGUGGGCUGGGAUUCAAAAUUGUAGUUGCAUGUAAUAACUGUGGAAAUGAAUAUAUUCCUUCCUGUUCUUUCGUUGGGCAUUCUUAUGAAAUAAACAGACGUUUCAUUUUUGUAAUGAGAAUACUAGGAAUAGGAUACGAAGGAUUGUGCAAGUUUUGCGGCCUGAUGGACAUGCCGUCUUUUUUAGAUAAAUCUACGCAUACAAUUUUACUGAAACAGAUUUUGAAUUGUAGUAAAGCCGUCGCAGAAACCUUCAUGACGAAAGCUGUGAAUGAAGAAAAGCAAGCAAUGCCAACAACUGAAAAUGAAGAUAUAAAUCAUCUAACUGUAUCGGGAGAUGGAACCUGGCAAAAACGGGGAUAUACAUCGUCAUUUGGAGUUUCUUCUAUAAUUGGCUAUUUUACUGGAAAGAUUCUUGACAUAAACAUUAAAAGUGCAUAUUGUAAGCUAUGUGAGUAUUGGAAAAAAAAAACAAAUACUGUUGAGUUCGAGGAAUGGUAUCAAUCGCAUGAAGAUGUGUGUUCUGCUAAUCAUCAAGGGUCUUCUGGGAAAAUGGAGGUGGAUGCGAUGGUCGAAAUGUUUUCGUAUUCUGAAACUAAAUAUGGAGUUAAGUAUGCCAACUAUAUUGGUGAUGGUGACUCCAAGACCUAUUCAGGAAUUAUAAAAUCAGAUCCUUACGAAAAUACAACUGUAAAUAAAAAGGAAUGUAUAGGGCAUGUCCAAAAGCGGAUGGGGAGUCGAUUACGUACGCUGAAGAGUAAACAAAAAGGUCUUGGUGGUCGAGGUAAGCUCACAGGAAAAUUAAUAGACAAACUAACUGUGUACUAUGGUUUAGCAAUACGCCGGCAUUGUGAUUCUAUUGAAAAUAUGAAAUCUGCUAUAAUGGCAACCUUUUAUCACUACGGCUCGAGUGAUGAAAAACCGAAUCAUGAUAUGUGUCCAAAAGGCGAAGAAUCUUGGUGCUCUUACCAGCGCGCUGAAGCAAGAGGAGAGCUUGAUACCUUUUCUCACGAUUAUUCUCCUUUACCUUCUGAUGUUUUAAAAGCUAUCAAGCCUAUAUACGAAGAUCUUAGUAAUGAAAAUUUACUUUCAAGAUGUGUAGGUGGAUUCAAUCAGAAUAAUAAUGAAAGCUUUAACCAACUAGUAUGGAAAAUAUGCCCAAAAACGGUAAAUACUAGUUUUACCAUCGUACAAAUAGCUGCAUACGUUGCUAUGUGUAUAUUUAAUGAGGGUAUAAAUUCAUUAUUAGUCUUGAUGAAUACACUAGGACUUAAUUGUGGGCCUAAUUCUCAUCGGUAUGCAGAAAGAAUGGAUGCUGCACGUAUCAAAGUAGCAGAUAAGCGCGCUAAUGAUAACACCCGAGAAGGUCGAUUGCAACGUAGGCACCAGCAAAUCGAUAUUUUGGAAGCUGCUAUGUCGGCUGAAGAGCUAUUAUAUGGUCCAGGAAUAGAUGACUCAGUAUGAAUCUCCAAGGACUUAUGAUGAUCACCGCAAAGGACUUCGGGAGGAACGGGCUCUACAAAAACAGCGAUAACUUUUUGAAUUAUUAAUUUUUUUUUUUGAAAUUUUCGUGAAGUCAAAUCGAAACGUGUUCUAAUAAAGCUAUGUUUUUAUUUUUGUCAAAUAAAGUAAUUAACUACAAAAAAAAAAUUAUUGAAAAUCAUCAUUUUUUCAUACCCCUGAGUA